ACGGGUCGUCCGAGAAGACGAAGACUCUUCUUCUUCUGAUUUGCCCUUCAAAAGAUCCAAACUUUCACACGUUAUUCUUUUCCCUCUUUUUAUAAACCCCAACAACCAAACAAGUCUCCAACACGCCAAAAUCUCCUCUGUUUCAUCUCAAGUUAGUUCAAUUCAGAAUCUUUGAGUUUGAACUUUUUUUUGUUGGGAGAAAGAGAGAAAUGUCAAUAGAGAAACCAUUCUUCGGUGAUGACAGCAACAGAGGAGUAAGUAUCAAUGGUGGUCGUUAUGUGCAGUAUAAUGUCUAUGGAAAUCUCUUUGAAGUUUCUAAAAAGUAUGUUCCUCCUCUUCGUCCUAUCGGCAGAGGCGCUUCUGGCAUCGUCUGUGCUGCAUGGAAUUCGGAGACGGGUGAGGAAGUAGCGAUCAAGAAGAUUGGUAAUGCAUUUGGCAACAUUAUCGACGCUAAGAGAACUUUGAGAGAGAUUAAGCUUCUUAAGCAUAUGGAUCAUGACAAUGUCAUUGCCAUUAUAGACAUAAUAAGACCACCUCAGCCAGACAACUUCAAUGAUGUUCACAUUGUCUAUGAGUUAAUGGACACUGAUCUUCACCACAUUAUCCGCUCUAACCAACCGUUAACUGAUGAUCAUUCACGGUUCUUCCUGUAUCAGUUGUUGCGAGGCCUCAAGUAUGUGCAUUCAGCCAAUGUACUGCAUCGUGAUUUAAAACCGAGUAACUUGCUCCUGAAUGCAAACUGUGACCUCAAGAUUGGGGAUUUUGGGCUUGCGAGGACUAAAUCAGAGACAGACUUCAUGACAGAAUAUGUUGUUACACGUUGGUACCGAGCUCCAGAGUUGCUCCUUAAUUGCUCAGAAUACACUGCAGCUAUCGACAUUUGGUCUGUCGGUUGUAUACUCGGUGAAAUAAUGACGCGGGAGCCGUUAUUUCCGGGCAGAGAUUAUGUUCAGCAGCUUAGACUCAUCACUGAGGUAAACUUUUCACUUUUUCACUUGACUAUAUUAUUUCGUUUCAAUUUGAAGAAAGAACAUUGAACUAUCCUGUUGCUACGUUUGUUCUGUUUUGGUUCUGUUUUUGUUGUUUGUAGUUUAAUGAACAAACUCAUGUAUGGUUUAUCUUUUUCAUACACAGCUUAUAGGCUCACCAGAUGAUUCAAGCCUAGGAUUCUUAAGAAGCGACAACGCUAGAAGAUACGUAAGACAGCUUCCACAGUAUCCAAGACAAAACUUUGCCGCUAGAUUCCCAAACAUGUCGGUCAAUGCUGUUGAUUUGCUGCAGAAAAUGCUCGUCUUUGACCCAAACAGACGCAUUACAGGUAAAGCAGACGAAAACCUAUAUAUGUUGCAUUCUCUUUUGAUUUUUUCUUUUUAUAAUACUUUUGAGCUUGUUUUGAGUUGCAGUCGAUGAAGCCUUGUGCCACCCUUACUUAGCACCGCUACACGAAUAUAACGAGGAACCUGUGUGUGUGAGACCGUUCCAUUUUGAUUUCGAGCAACCUUCAUUGACGGAAGAGAACAUCAAGGAGCUUAUAUAUCGUGAAUCAGUCAAGUUUAACCCUUAAGAUUCUUAGUGUGUGAGAUUUUAAGAGAAUCUUGAAAAGAAACUCGAAAUAAGCUUUUUUCUUUCUCUGUUUGUUCAUUGAUUUUUUUAUUUUAUUUUUGUUGUUGUGUGUUCAUUGAAUUUCUGAUAUAGUAAAGUUUGUAAUGU